GCCCUCGCUGGGCAACAUGUCACAGUCCCCCGUCAGCGACGACUAUCAUGAAAAUGAUCCUCUAAACCGCGAUGCCGAAGCACCCAUAGCCCCUCCUCAACCAGAGCCCACGCGCUCAAUAUAUGCGCUCACCCGCAGCGAGAUCACGCGCGGACUCGCGAACCGCUUUGUGCACUCGCGCACGUACAUAUUCCUAUACCUCGGCAUGGCAGCGUUGUCUGUCACCACAGUAGUCCUUAGCCUGGUGGACGAAUGUCCAGGAUUCCCAUUCUACAUCCUCGAGAUCAUCGUCAACUCGGCGAUGAUAUUGGAAGUCGCGAUACGAUUUGUUGCAUUUGGACGCCAAUUCUGGAAAUCCCCCUUCAACGUGGUGGAUCUCAUCCUCACCAUGUUCUGUGCCCUUACCCUCCUUGUCCUCGCCUUCUCUACAUGCGGAAGCGGAAGCAAGGAAGAGGAGAUCCUCGACACCCUUCUCCUAGUGGCGCGCAAUGUCCUCCAGUUCAGUCGACUCGCUGCAGUGAUGCGACAAUCCGGCCAGUCUAUCUUCGCGCGCCCCAAACCCAUCGACAUCAACGCCGCCCGACGAGCCGGCUACACCGGUCUCGACAUCGACAUGGACAGCGACGAUGAUGGCGACGAAGAGCUCGGGCGCCCUCUCGUUCGCAACCCAGUUGUCUUCGACGCCGACUCGAACGGCGCAGACAGACGACCGCCACCAAAAACGAUGACCCCUAUGCCGAUGCUGGCAAACUCGGGCCCGCCGGACGAUGAGGAUAUGUGGGCAGGGUUGGGAUAGACAGAGAGGGUUACUGUGUGCAUAAUGGAACCUAGGACCGGUAUACAGAGCCCAUAUUCAAAGUAACUUAUCAACACGCGUAUUUUCUGCCUUGAUCACUGCUGUGUACUUGACUAAACUACUUCGUCUUCGUCUCUUGUGCCCGCCGCCAGGAUAUUAGGAGCGGUGUAAUUCAUUGAUAUUACAG